AUGCGAUCACUUCGUAUGUCUACCAAAGCUGGUUGGCAAUUUCAAUGCUCUAGCUCAAGUUGCUCACCAUUGGCCGUUAUUAUUGUGUCGAAUAUCCGCCAGUGUCAAAUAGCAUGUUUAGCUGAAAUCCAUUGUAGAGCAAUUAGUUUUUAUAAAUCAUCGUCUAAUUGUGAAUUAUUUGCUGAUAUAUCAAACCAAAAUGGCAAUUUGGUGAGCAACAUGAACACCGUUACUAUGAUUGUGAUGGAUGGAACACGACUUCCACCUGAACCGACUACGACAUCAACAACAACUUCAUCAUCCACUUCAUCAUCAACAUCAUCCACAUCAUCAACAACAUCAACAACAACAUCAACCACUGCAUCAUCAACAUCAUCCACAUCAUCAACAUCAACAACAACAUCAACCACUUCAUCAUCAACUACAUCAACAACCACAACUACUACUUCAUCAGCAACAUCAUCCACAUCAUCAACAUCAACAACAUCAACAACAUCAUCAACCACUUCAUCAUCAACAUCGUCAACAACAUCAGCAACAACAACCACAACUACUACUUCAUCAUCAACAUCAUCCACGACGUCAACAACAUCAAUAACAACAACAACAGCUGGUCAGUUACAUGCUAUAUAA